CGCACACCUUUGCAGCAGCACUCGGCUCCAGCAGCGCCGCACGCCGCACCCCCAGCUCGCCCCAAGCGCCCGCCGCGCGGCUCGCCGCCAUGUCCUCCUCGCCCGCGCCGGAGGCCGGCGCCUCGUCGCGCGCGCCGCGCCGCCUCUCUGCCUCGUCUGGCGACGAGGACAAGCCCGAUGAGGCGGCGCUGCGCCGCAGUGCCUCGCCGCCGCGGGCGCCGCGCGGCCGGCGCAGCACGUCCGAGGACGAGGAGGAGGACGACGAAGAUGACGAUGACGACGAGGACGACGAGGACGAGGACGAGGACAGCGACGACAGCCGUGCCGCUGCCGCGAGCGGCAAGCGCAAGAAGAAGCGCAGGAAGAAGACUGGCAACCGCUUCCUCGAUGUCGAGGCCGAGGUGGACGACGACGACGAAGACUUGGACGAGGAGGAUGCGGAGCUGGCCAAGGAGGACGGCUUCAUCGAGGCCGACGCCGAGGACGAUCUCGGCGUGGACGGCCGCCGGCAGCUGGCCGCCGAAAACCAGCGCCUCGACCGCAUGCGCCGCGAGAAGGAGGACCGCACCGCCGAGGAGCUCGCCGCAGAGCUCAACGAGCGCUACCGCCGCACGGCGCGCAGCGCCAAGAGCGAGUACUCCGAGGUGCCGCAGCGCAUGCUCAUGCCGUCCGUGCACGACCCGGGACUCUACUCUGUCCGCUGCAAGGCUGGUCGCGAGCGCGAGAUUGUCAUUACCAUGAUGCGCAAGGCCGUCGCGCGGUUUGAAGCCGACCAGAAUGUCGGCCUGAUCAGCUGCUUCUUCCGCGACAGCCUGCCGCAGCGCAUCUUCAUGGAGGCGCGCUCGUCGAAGGACGUCAUUGACGCCUGCAUUGAGGUGGUGGGCGUGUAUGCGCGCUCGCAGGAGCAGCUCUUCCUCGUGCCCAUCGAUGAGAUGGCCGACCUGCUGCGCAUCACCAAGGUGGUGCAGGAGGUCAAGCCCGGCGGCUGGGUGCGCAUCAAGCGCGGCCGCAACCAGGGCGAUCUGGCGCAGGUCAUCGACACGACGGAGAACGGCGAGAUCAUCGGCGUCAAGUAUCUGCCGCGCCUUGACCUUACGCCGCGCGAGGAGGGCGAGACGUUCGACAAGCUCGGCCGCAAGCGCAAGAAGGGCGCCGCACCCGGCACUGCGCUCAACGACCGCCCGCCGCAGCGCUUCUUCAACUACGAGGAGGUCAAUCGCUCGGUUCCGAACAAGGACCGCCCGAUCCGCCGCGACGGCGCGUACAUCUUCCGCGGCAAGACGUACAAGGACGGCUACUGCGAGGAGGACAUCAAGCUCAGCGCACUGAUCACGGAGGACGUCAAUCCCACGCUCGACGAGAUCACGCGCUUCACAGGCGAUGCGUCGGCGCAGGACGGCGGCGGCAGCGCGCUCGCGUCCGGCGCCGCCAAUGCGACGUCUGGCGUCGAUCUUGACCUGCUGGCGGAGGCGACGCGCGCCAAGGCCGAGGUGGUGCUGCGCCGCGGCGACCACGUCGAGGUGCUGGACGGCGAGCAGGCCGGCAUCGAGGGCACCGUCGACACUGUCGGUGCCGAGGCCGUCACGCUCAAGAUCGAGCUGUCGGACGGCGAGACGCAGAUGAUCGAGGUGCCGGUGCGCUCGGUGCGCAAGCGCUUCAAGCCCGGAGACCACAUCAAGGUCAUUGCCGGCAAGCACCUGGACGAGACGGGUCUCGUCGUCAAGGUCGAGGACAAUGUGACGACGUUCCUGUCCGACCUGAGCCUCGAGGAGGUCACCGUCUUCAGCAAGGACAUUCACGAGGCUGCCGAGGUCGGCAGCGGUGUGACCACGGUUGGCGGCUACAACCUGCACGAGCUGGUGCAGCUCGACGCGCAGACUGCCGGUGUGAUCUUCAAGAUCGAGCGCGGCGUUUUCCUCGUGCUGGACCAGCUCGGUCAGGUGCGCUCAGUGCGUCCGGCGCAGAUCACCAUGAAGCGCGACACGGGCCGGUCAGUGGCGCUCGACAGCGAGGCUGGCGAGUUCCGCGCGGGUGACACGAUGAAGGAGGUCGAGGGCGAUGUGAGUCUGCUGCUGCCAGCUGCUGCCGAUGCAUGCUCACGGUGCUUUCCGCAGGAACGAGAUGGCCAGGUGCUGCACGUCUACCAGUCGAUGCUGGUGUGGCUCUUCAACCGCGACCUGCGCGAGAACGGCGGUGUCUUCCUGUCGCGCGCGCGCAAGCUGCGGCCGAAGGCGCCGCGCUCGGCGGGCGGUGCGCCGGUGAUGGAUCUCAGCAAGCAGAACCCGGCGCUGCAGGCUGCGACGAUGGGCCUGCAGGCCGGCGGCGGCGGCGGCGCGCUCAGCAACAUGAAGCGCCAGGGCGGCCGCGACGCGCUGGCCGGCAAGACGGUGGCCAUCACCAAGGGCGUGUACAAGACCUACCGCGGCAUCAUCAAGGACACCAACGGCACCAUGGCGCGCGUCGAGCUGCACACGAUGAGCAAGGUGCUGACCAUCGAGCUGUCCUCGCUCGUCGAGAAGGACCCCAUCACUGGCAGGAGUCGGCCACUGCUGGGCCCUGGCCCGGGCGCACCGGGCGCACCGGGCGCAAUGAGCGCGCCGAGCCCGUAUGCAAGCGGAGCGAACGGCUUCGGCGGCGCCACGCCGGCAUACGGCAGCGGCGCUCGCACGCCUGCCUACGCGUCUGGCAGCAAGACGCCUGCGUACGGCAGCGGCAGCAAGACGCCGGCGUACGGCUACAACGAUGGCGGUCGCACGCCGGCGUACGGCUUCAAUGACGGCGGCCGGACACCCGCUUACGGCGCUGGCUCGCGCACGCCGGCUUACGGCGGCGGCGACGGCGGCCGCACACCUGCGCCGAACUACGGCAGCGCGACGCCGAGUCACUACGGCAGCUACGGCUCGCGGCCCAACGACGGCGGGCGCACGCCGAUGGCGCCGCCUCUUAGCGGCGCCGCUGCGUUCCGCGAGCCGGCGUACUCGGCGCCGACACCGUACGGCGCACCGACGCCCGGCGCGUAUCCCAGCGCACCCACGCCGGCCGGCGCGCCGACACCCGGCUACGGCGCCGCGGCGCCACGUGGAGCGUACGGUGCGCCGACGCCGGGCGCCCCAACGCCUGGAGCCUAUGCCGCUCCGACGCCUGGCGGGCCGAUGAGUGCCCCGACGCCCGGAGCUUACGGCGCGCCUACGCCCGGCGGCAUGUAUGGCGCUCCAACGCCGGGCGCAAUGGGCGCACCCACGCCCGGCGGCGCGAUCAGUGCUCCGACACCUGCCGCUGGCGGGUGGGGCGGUGGAGGUGCCUCGGCGAGCCGGCAGUCUGCUCCUAUGCAAAUCCGCAUCUUCUCCGAUAUCCUCGUCUCGCUCGGGCCUGACACCAGCGGCCGCUCCUUUGGCAACGGCGAGCACAAUGGCAAGGGCGGCUGGGUCACUGCCGUCAACGAGGCGGCACAGACGGCCGCGGUGGCGUUCGACGACGGCAACCGCCUCGCCAGUGUGCCCUUCGCCUACGUCAAGCCGAAGCGCCCCACGGCGCGCGGCGCCUACUGUCUGGCGCUCGCCGGCCCGCACGCCGGCUCGCGCGUCGUCGUGCAGAGCAUCGACGGCGACGAGAUCAUGGCGCUCAACUCGGCCACGCAGGAGAGCGUAUUUGGCUCGUCGAGCAUGUUCGCGAUCGUGGCCUAGGCAUCUGUCCCCUCAUGUACUCUCUCUCUCGUCUCCCUGCCAGCAAUCAUCUUCACACGCGCCGAGCUUGCG